AUGGAAGACAGUUUGACUCCACAUAUUUUAAUAGGCAGUAUUUUUUACAUUUUUGGCUUGAAGUGGUGCUGUGAGUAUGCAAAGUUUUGGCAAACUCCGAGAAGAUCCGAUGAAAUGGCUUCUCCAAAUACUCGCAAGUUUGUAUACAAGUGUGAAAAACUUUUUACAAAUCAUCCAAUCGAAGGUAGCCUGAAACUAAUAGCAACAGCCGUCGGAUUGAUAGGCACAAUGGUGGGAGGUCUUCCCAAUGAAGUAAUUGUUUCUCCAAAAGUGGUUCAUGCGACAAUUUAUUUGUUUUUUGCCUUCUCUGGCCUAAUUGAUGUAUUGACAUUUUAUUUUCCACGCAAUAUAACUAAAGGACUUGCAAAUUUAGCCCUAGCUCAAAGUUUCUUCGUUGAAGGAUUUUUAUUUGUCUGGGCAAGUCCAGGCUCGACAAUUGCCAAUGGAAUUCUAGCAGGAAUUGUCUGGACGACUGCAUUUACCAUUGGUGCAGAAUUAAUUUGGCCAGAUCUCAAGCUUUUAAGAGCAGCUACUACUCUGCUACAUGGAGGAUGGAUAGCUCAUAUGGUUAGAGUAUACUCUAUCAGUAAGCCUGAUGUAUUGAUACAUGAAAGAAUUGCACUUGCAUUUUCGUGGCAUAUUGCGGCCGCAUUUGCUGUUACGUUAAUGGUUGUUGCCACUAUAAGGAGUUGUGUGCCUAAAAUAAAUACUGAUGAACCACCGGAACUUCCAAUUUAUGAUUACUGCAAUGAACCACAUGAUAUAUAGUCAACGUUAUUUCACCAUUCACUAUUUAUUUUUCGUUUUAGUUUUUCACAAGAACGUUAAAAAUGUUUAUAUCAUUGCUACCAUAUUGUAUCAUUUUGCCCUCUUGCUCCAUUUUCUUCCUUUCACAAUUUUACCUGACGUCCCUUUCAAAACUCGAUAUACCAUUUGGCCAAUUAUUUGUACUUUUUUAUGUAAUAAAAUUUUGCAUAAAUCUA